AUGGAACAUGAUUCUAAUGACGAUGAGGCAACAACUAUUCCCUCCAAAGUUAAAAAGAUUCCAGCAAAGACAUUGUGGCAUUUUCCAUUAAUACCAAGGUUACAAAGGUUAUUUAUGGAAGCACAAACAGCUAAAAACAUGAAAUGGCAUGACAAGGGACGAACCAAGGAUGAGUGCAUGAGACAUCCUGCUGAUUCUCCUGCAUGGAAAUCUUUUGACGAGCAACACCCAAAUUUUUCAUAUGAUAGUCGUAAUGUUAGGCUUGGGUUAACAACUGAUGGAUUCAAUCCCUUUGGGAUGAUGAGCCCGCAUGGUGUUGGCAAUAAUAUCGACGUGUAUCUACAACCGUUGAUAGAAGAAUUGCUUAAAUUGUGGGAGGUUGGUGUCGACACUUACGAUGCAUCAUCGAAGUUGAAUUUUCGAAUGCGUGCUGCUUUGUUAUGGACUAUUAGUGACUUUCCUGGAUAUGCAAUGUUGUCAAGAUGGAGCACAAAAGGUAAGCUCGCUUGUCCUAACUGCAAUAAGGACACAAAGUCCCAGUGGUUGACACAUAGCCAUAAGUUUUUUUACAUGGGUCAUCGUCAAUUUUUGGAUAGAGAUCAUAGGUAUAGACAUGAUAAAAGGAACUUUAAUGGAAAGCUGGAGUUGAGAGAUGUGCCGAAACAACUAUCUGGAAAUGAAGUGUUAGCUCAAGUGAGCAAAAUUAACAUAAUAUUUGAAAAGAAGUCUGAUACCAAAGUUGGAAAGAAGAGAAAUCGAGACAAUAAUAAGGAAAAGGGAAAGGCAUCUUGUUGGAAGAAGAGAAGUAUUUUCUUCGAUUUACCAUACUGGGCAGGUAAUAUGUUGCGUCACAGCCUUGAUGUGAUGCACAUCGAGAAGAAUGUAUGCGACAAUGUCCUUGGGACGUUGUUGAACAUCGACGGGAAGACAAAGGACAAUGUGAAGUCUCGUCUGGACCUCCAAGAAAUAAAGAUAAGACGAACACUUCACCCAAAGCAGAGACCAUCAGGCAAAACAUAUUUGCCCCCUGCAUGCUUUACAAUGGCGAAUAAGGAGAAGGAUGAUUUCUACAGAGUCAUAAAGAACAUGAAGGUACCAGAUGGCUAUGCGAGUAAUAUCUCACGAUGUACCAAUCUCAAAAUGAAGAAGAUUUUAGGACUCAAGAGCCAUGACACUCAUGUUUUGAUGCAACAAAUACUUUCGAUCGCCGUGCGAAGGACAUUACCUCCAAACGUGAGCUCAAUCCUAAUUGAAUUAAGCGGAUUCUUUAGAGAUUUGUGUUCCAAGGUUGGCUGGAUGCAGGAUUUCAAGUUUCUUGAAUCUCAGAUUACUUUAACACUUUGCCAUUUAGAGAGGAUCUUUCCAUCGCCAUUCUUUGAUAUCAUGGUGCAUUUGCCUAUACAUUUAGCCAGCGAGGCAAUGUUAGCCGGGCCAGUACAGUACCGCUGGAUGUACCCAAUCGAAAGGUACCUACAGAGACUAAAGUCCUACGUUCGAAACAGAAGUCGGCCAGAGGGUUCGAUUGCAGAGGGUACCUAA